UCUCCACUUCCACGACACGUUUCCUAUUGACAGCCAGUGAAAACAUAUACCCCAGACAGUUCUUCCUUUGAAUUUUCACCUUGAUCGUUGUGAAAAUACAUGGAAUUAAAAUCAAUUAUCGAAGGUCAUCUCGCUUAUUGAUUCUACGCGACCUUGCAGCUGCUGGACAUUUAAAAACGCUGCAAUUUCAUUUUUAAAACCAGUUACUGUCUUGAGACCAGAACAAUUCAUCCCAACCAACGUUCACCGAAGAUGUCAACCACCACACAACUCGUUCUUAAUUUACCAUUCGACUUUAAACCGGAUAAUAUUCUUGAAACAGCUACACCUGAUCAGUGCGCUAUCGUACUCAUCACCGGUUGUCAGGCUCUUCACGCUCUUUUGAAUAAGACAAAUGAGCUUACCAAUGAGCAAGCUUACGAAAAGGCCAAAACGGAAGAGGCUGAGAAAUGGUCCCGAGAAAAAUGUCGACUGGAAGAAGACGCAAAGCGGGAGAAGGAAAAACUGAAGAACACGAACGCAGAUCAAGUGAAGCAAUUGGAAGAUAAGGUGAGUCUCCUUCAAAACGAGAUUGGCAGUCUGCGAAGUUCCAUUGAAGGCAAAGACAUCCUUCUAAACAAUGCUAAAAAGCAGCUCAAUGAACUAAGCGCAUCAGAAAUUAAAAAAAUUGAAGACGCUAGAACCGAAACACGCUCUAAGAUGUCUGAGGAGCUAAAUAAACUCGAGAAUGCUCUAAAAACAGCGAAUGAUAAACUUGAAAAGGCCAAAGAUGAUCGUCUUGAGGCUGAGGUGAAAUACAAUGAAGAUAAAGAGACAAAAGUUGCACAGGUGCGUAAAGAACUAGAAGACAAGAACAAGGAAUUGCAUUCGCUAUUGCUCUCGUUAACUGGACGACAAGCCGGUUCAGCCACGAAAGGAAAAGACAAUGAAGAUGCCUUUGCUGCAUUGCUCGACAAAGCUUUCGGCCCGACCAAACCCUACAAGAGACGGGACAAGAUUGGUAACAAGUCUGGUGAUCACAUCGUAGAAUGGGAAGGAAUGAAAAUAAUGAUUGAAAAUAAGAAUUAUGCAAAACGUGUACCCUCAACUGAAGUGGAAAAAGCAAUUAAGGAUUUCGAGUUACAAUCGGACUGCAAUGUACUAAUGUUUGUCAGCGAGGAUAGUACUAUUACUGGACAUGAACGACCUGGUGACUUGGACAUCACCCACACCGUGGACGGGCGGACGGCUAUUUGGAUGGGCAACUUCAGUUCCAACGAAGAUAAGGUCACCUAUCUUCAAAUGAUUGCACAGUUUAUCAGAGAACUGGGUGUGCUACAAACGAACGUAAAGCAACUAGAAGGUGACGAAGCCAUUGAAAACUACAAAAUCAGGGUCGACGAUCUUUUGCGCUACUUCAACGACACCAAAGAUGAUUUAGAUAAAUUACUCAAAUUACAAAAACAAUGCGAACUCGAGCAAAAAAAGACGUGGGAAAAGCUAAAAAUUGAAAUCAUUUCGGUAAUUGCGCGUUUCCAAAGUCGCCAGGCAGAUGCAAUUGGGAUGAAAAACAAUAACAAUACCACAAGUGGUGCCAACGCAGACGCAACUGUAGCCAACGAUGCACCAACAAAUGCAAAGAGGAAGCGAGUGAGCAAAAAACAAGAGAAUACGAUGACGACGUAUUUGAACAAACAAGAAAAGCCUACAGUUUCACUGGAACAAGUCCAGUCAACAGACGGUGCAAGUGGCAAUUCCAGCGAAACAACGACAAGUUUUGUAUGCAUCGAUUAAGAAGCAAGUGAUGCCAAGCAAAACAGAAGUUGAUGCACUAAUCGGUCACAACAUUUCCAAAAGGCAAAUAUACAAAUAGCGCCCCCCUCCCUUCCCGAGUCUUUUUUCCAAACUAUGACCCAUUUGGAGUUUUCUUAAAUACACUGUCCUUGAUACCCAA